GUAGCAGUAGAUCAAAAGGAACAAUUUUUUCAUUAUUAUUGAUAGGUAGGGUGUAUUUGACAUUUAUAUGAUGGAAGGGUGAAGCAUUGAAAAGUUGAAUCAAGAAAAUAUACCAAAGACCUCUUUGAUUUCACUAAGGAGGUGAAGUGUGAAGUUUUUCCAAGUUGAAUUAAUUUGAUUUUCGUGGCCAAUAUGAGCGGCUUUAAUUAUUCGGGCUUCAAUAUGAAUAAAGCCCCGACAGUAAGGCAUAAUGCAGUGCCUCCACCGUCAUCUAUAAGUGGCCUGAGUAAACAGGGCUACUCGACUAUGAAUGCUAUUAGCCAAAAUGCUCUAUCUGCAGCAUGGGGGGGAAGCAAGAAAAGAGCUGCCAAUGAGGAUGAGUAUUUCGAAGAUGAUGAAGAAGAGGCAGUGCCAGAAUUGGCUUACAUUCCUGCCCCAGGAAGUCCAACACGCAUUGAAAUGGAAAAAAAGAAAAAGCAAGAAGAGGAAGAGGAUGAUCCUCUUGAUGCAUAUAUGGCCGGAAUUGAAUAUCAGAUGAAGAAAGAAGCUGUCAAUAGCUCCACAGCUCAAAAACAAUCAGUGAGAAAUGAUUUGGAGGAGGAGGAUGAUGAAGAAUCGUACUAUCGAUAUAUGGAAGAAAACCCAAAUGCUGGAUUGAUUCCAACUGAUGAAGAUCAUCCAGAAGUUGAAUAUGAUGAAGAUGGCAAUCCUAUAGCUCCAGAUAAGAAGAGAAUCAUUGAUCCAUUACCACCAAUUGAUCAUUCUACCAUAGAAUAUAAACCAUUCCAGAAAAAUUUCUACAAUGAACAUCCAGAAAUAUCCGAGUUGUCUGCAGAUAAGGUUAAGGAACUCAGAGAAGCUUUAGGUAUCAAAGUGUCCGGGAACAAUGCACCAAAGCCUGUUUCUUCUUUUGCCCAUUUCAAUUUCGAUGAAAAGCUACUCAAAGUAAUAAUUAAAGCUGAAUAUUCAUCUCCUACUCCCAUCCAAGCACAAGCUGUUCCAUGUGGACUUUUAGGAAGAGAUGUUCUGGGAAUUGCGCAAACAGGUAGUGGUAAAACAGCAGCAUUCCUCUGGCCACUUUUGAAGCAUGUGUCUGCACAAAAACCUGUAGAAGAAGGGGAGGGACCUAUUGCUUUGAUUUUAGCUCCUACCAGAGAGUUGGCUUUGCAAAUAUAUAACGAAGCUAAAAAAUUCGCAAGAGUUUACGAUUUGAGAGUUAUUUGUACUUAUGGUGGCGGUUCUAAAUGGGAACAGAGUUUGGCUUUGAAAGAAGGGGCUGAUAUUGUAGUAGCCACUCCUGGUCGUAUCAUUGAUCACGUCAAAAGCGGCUCAACGAAUCUUGAACGGGUAACAUUUUUGGUUCUUGAUGAAGCCGAUAGAAUGUUUGAGUUAGGUUUUGAGCCUCAAGUCAGAUCAGUUUGUAAUCACGUUCGUCCAGAUAGACAAACUUUACUUUUCAGUGCUACUUUCCGAAAGAAAAUCGAACGUCUGGCUAAAGAUGCUUUGCAAGAUCCAAUUAAGAUAUCUCAGGGUAUCUUGGGUCAAGCAAAUGAAGAUGUUACACAGCAUGUUCUCCUGCUGAAGGAUCAAGACGCAAAAAGAAACUGGUUGUAUGGAAUAUUGGUUGAGCUUUUAUCGGCAGGAUCAGUUCUUUUAUUCGUGACCAAAAAAUUAGAUGCGGAACAGAUGGCGCACAAUCUCAAAGUUAAAGAGUUUGAAUGUCUACUUUUGCACGGUGACAUGGAACAAUGCGAUAGAAGCAAGGUCAUAAUGUCCUUCAAGAAGAAGGAAUGUUCUCUUUUGGUUGCUACUGAUGUCGCAGCCAGGGGUCUUGAUAUACCCCAUGUGAGAACAGUAAUUUGCUUCGAUAUUUCACGCGAUAUAGAUACACAUACUCAUAGAAUUGGUAGAACAGGAAGGGCGGGAACACAAGGUACUGCGUAUACUUUGCUAACGCCACAAGAUAAAGAAUUUGCUGGCCACAUCGUUAAGAAUUUAGAAAUGGCAAAUCAGAACGUACCUCAAGAAGUAUUGGAUCUAGCCUUGCAGAGUUCGUGGUUCAGGAAACAAAGGUUUCGAAAGAAGGGAGAAAGUGCGAAUGUGGGCGGAAUAGGGCUUGGUUUCAAAGAAAAAGUAGGCCCACCUGGCAAUGCUAUGCGUGGCUUUGUGCCAUCGAGUAGUAGCACAAGUAGUAGCAGCGAGACUCCAUCUUCUAGCGCGCCAAGAGGUCCGGCCACUGAUCGCUUAUCAGCCAUGAAAGCAGCGUUCAGGUUGCAAUACCAAAAUCAAUUCACUGCUAGCGCAGACCAGCCACCCCCUUCAGCAGCUCCUGCCCGAAAGAAGAGCAGAUGGGAGUGAAUAUCAAAACGAUUUUAAUUUGUGAUUUGUUAAUCUAUACACUUGUAUAGCCAUCUGACGAGGUUUGACGAAGAAGAUGUAACGAACUUAAGACUUAAGUUUUGACGCUUCAAUCUGUUCAGUUUUAUAGCUCCAGUCAAAUAAAAGUGAUUAUGAAUUGA